AAAUUAAUUAUUAUGGAGCUCAUUAAACCAAUCACAUCUGAUCAUGACCUCAUUGAACUUGCGAAAAAAAUGAAUAUACAUCUUGAUGAUAUUUUUGAGUCAAGUGAGAUAACAAAGCGGCUCCCAAAGAAAGGAUCAUAUCUGAUUUUGUUGAGGCAACCUAAUAUGGAUGUAGGACAUUGGACAUGUGUUCAUGAUGGGGAGUAUUUCGAUAGUAUGGGUGAGGCAGCCCCAACAAAGUAUGGAGUUGGUAAAUACAAUCCAAAGCACGUAUGGUGA